CCUCGCGCGACGAUCCCCAAGGACUCCGCUCUACGGGUCAACCCCUUCAUGCAAACUUGGAAGCCCUACAAACACAAAUUACCGCGCUUCAUGCGGAACCUCACGGAAGCUGCUGAGAAGUGGGGUCUGCGUCUAGAAGGCCUUGCUUUCAGCCGGGAUAUCCUGCGUGCGAUGGUGAUGUGGUACCACUGCGAGGCGAGCCCACGCAUACGGAGAUUGGCGGUACAGUCCAAUGCUACCAGCUGUUUGAAGAACAAGCAUCGUGUGAUGACUGUAGGAGAUUUUGAGCGCAUAGCUGUCAAGAGGAGCGAACCAACGCACCGUCUGGGAGAUAAUGGCUGCCUGUGCGAAGCCUGCACCGAAAUGAGGCGAGACGUAGAGUGCCUCGGGCCAGAUGACUGCUACCGCCGCGCGGAGGCCUUCCUAGACACGCUUCCUCCCAAAUGGGACCCUCGAGGAGAACAUCCCGAAGACUACGAGGAGAUGCUAGCACCACGGAAGGAGACGGGCUGGACGUACUUCGACCGACGUGUGACCACGCGCGGUCAUGUCAGUGAUGCGUUCCGAAUCUUCACGCGCGGAAGCGUAUGCAAUGAGAGACUGAGUGUGCCUACCGUUUUCGGGGAGAGAAUGACCGAGGUAGAAGCAGCAACAGACGGUUCCUGCAUCAACAACGGUGCGCGCGACGCGAGGGCGGGAGCAGGUGUUUCCUUCUCCUCCGACACCCUCGAAGAUUUGAGCUUGCGGCUCCCAGUCGCGCUGGAGCAGUCCAAUCAAACGGGGGAAAUGUUAGCUGCAAAAGCUGCAUCC